CAAAAUUGCGGAGAUUUGCUGAAAGUGUUCAACCAAUUGUUGACAGGAUUUUAUGGUUCAGAUACGCACUUGAUGAUUCACUUCCUUGCGCCACAAAGGCCGAGGUUUAUGAUUUGAUCGAAACAUACAUUUCCCGUAACGAUGAUGAACUCUCAAAACUCAAGUCAUCAAAAAUUAAUGGGGCUGUCAGGUCUAAAACAACAAAAGAAGAUUUUAUAGAAGCGAUAAAAUUGAAGGAGCAAAGAGAAUAUAUUGAAGGAUUUGGUAUGGAAAAUAGUGAAUUGUUGUAUUCCGAACAGAUUAAG